AUGAACACCUUCAACCCUCGUCGGGUCUCGUACCUCAGGCCGCCUACCACGGUAAUUGAGGUUCGCGAGUCCUGGGCGUCGCCAUACCCAUCGCUCAGCUCCAUCGGAUACCCCCCUUCAGAAAGAUCGGCCGACGAGAGGUUCGCAUCUGCUGUCUGGAAACGCACAUUCAACCAUGUCGACUACGCAGCGUACAAGGCAGCCUGUGACGCUGAGAGAGAGGCGAAGCCAGAACGAGACCCCGAUGUCUUCUCAACUACAUCGAGUGGAACGCGUAAAGGUUUCUCAAGACUGGGUGCAAUGCUCACCAUCUACCCCUAUCGCGAUAUGGGAUGGCUUGUUACCAUGGUUUUCAUCGGAGCCGGGAUCUGCCUCUCACUGAACGGCAUUUUCAGCCUCAUUCAUCUCCUCGACCCUAAGCUUGACUUUCCUGGACGCGACACAGGAGUACAGGUCACUGCUACCUUAGGCAGCGCUCUGCUCGCUCUCAGUGCAUUCAUGGGUCUGCUUGCUGCAUUCAACGUCGACAGAGGCACUCUGGACCCGAAGAAAGAUGCACCCGAUGCUUACAAGCCAGCGCUUCUGGGCAGCGAAGAAUGGGUCUGGUGGCCCAGCUGGUACGAAUUCCGCAACAUCUUCUGGCCAAGCUCAGCUUUCCGCGCCGGUAUCCUCCAACUACUCGCCGGCUCCUUCUUCACUAUCGCCGCGAUCGCCAUCCUACCUGGCGUCCUCGACCUCACACACCCCGACGCCUCCAUCAUCUUCGUAUCUGCACCUCAACUUAUUGGCGGCAGCCUUUUCGUGCUUGCCGGCCUACUCAUGAUCUUCUUGUCCCAGGACAAGUGGUACGUCCCGAAGCUGCUUGACGCUAGUUGGCAAAACGGAUUCUGGAAUUUGGUUGGCGCAAGUGGGUUUUUGGCUAUCGGCGUUGUGACUUUGCUCGCAAAGACUGCGACUGUGGCGAUUGCGUCACUAUUUCUUAUGAGCGGACUCGGGUUCUUGAUUGCCAGUCUGAUCCAAUGGUACAUCAUUAUGGAGUUCUACCCGGUCGAUCCUUACGUCAAGGAUCCGACGCAGGUGGCAGAGAUUCCUUCGCAAUCAAUCUAUUAA